UCGAGACUUCUAAGACGCCUCCUGACAGCGACCACGCACGCCGCGCUGCUGCUCCGAGAAACGCUGCCAGAAUACCAGCCAGCAAUGAGCGAUCGCUACAGCUUCAUCCCUGCGACGCGGGAGCAGAUGGAGACCAUCAGGAAGAGACUGGGAACAGAUGAAGAGGACAUCAGGAGGGCCAUCACGUCUGUUCGAGACUGGCUCAGGAUGCAGCCGCAUCUGCCCGACCAGAUGGAAGAUGCAUUCAUCGAAAGGAUGUACAUAAACUGCAAGUGUAGCAUAGAGAGGGUUAAGAAAGGCGUGGACAACUUCUUCUCUAUGAGGACCAGGUAUCCAGAGAUGUCGAUGAACCGUGACCCUAUAGGACCCGACGUUGUGACAACUAUGGAGCACCUGAAGCUGGUGACGAUGCCUCGCCUCACGGAGGACCUGUACCGCGUGCACAUCAUCGCGGACCCCGACCCGGACCCUGCGUGGGUCUCGUGGAUAAAUUACGGAAAAGUCGGCUCCAUAGACCUCGACUUGAUGUUAUUUAAUGACUACUCCCUCGGAGACAUCGUUAUCUUCGACCUGAAGAACGUACACGCCGGACACGCCGUCCGCUCUGACAUCAACAUCAUGCGUGCUAUGGAAUUUGGCUACAAGAGUGCCUAUUGCCGGAGGUUGAAAGGAUUCCAUUUGGUGAAUGCGAACAAAAUAACUGAUUUCGUACUGAAAAUUUUGAAGACAGCUCUCUCAGAAAAGUUGCAGAAAAGGAUACACGUUCAUCCCCCAGGAACGACGACGCUGUUUGACCACGUGGCAAAGGAAUAUCUGCCGGAUGAACUAGGAGGCACUGCCGGUCCUAUCGACAAAUAUGCCUAUGAAUUCAUCAGGAGGGCGGAGAAGAAGAGAGACUGGUUCCUGGAGCAGGACCGCUACACCUCGGACGAGAGUAAGAGGCCGCCAGACAACCACUACGCCGAUGACUUGUUCGGAGUGGCGGGCUCGUUCAAGAAGCUCUCAGUGGACUGAUGCCGUUACUUGUGGACAGUAAACUGUGAUACACAGGGUGAACCGGGAAUCCACCAACAAAAUUUCAGAGUUUGCUUUGUCAUAUUUCUUGAGUGUUUUGGUACAGCGGACACAUGGUCCCCGGUGAUGCGUUACUGAGUACUAACAUUCAAUUUGAUGUUUUCCUGCUGUUGGGACCUUCAGUCAGACGACUGCUUUGAUACAGCCCUCCCUCUAGUCUGUCCUGUGCAACCUCUUCACCUCUCCAUACGUACAGAAAAUUACGUCCAUCUGGACUUGCUUACACUAUUGUCAAGUAUUGGUCCCGCUAUGUAGUUUAUAUACCCCCACCCACACGCUCCACAUACACACAUAAACAAACUUCCUUCCAUGACGAAAUUGACGAUCCCUUGAUUAUAACUGUGGACGUGUCAUUUCAAUCGAACCAUUCCUUUAGUGGAGCUGUGCACUUACAUUAAUUAUUCAACACACCCAUCAAACCCAGAGCAUUCAUACUUCAAUCACUCCUGGUCUCUUCUUGUCUGAAUAUUUAAGCGUCCACAUUUCACUUCCGUACAAUACUACACUCCAGACAAAUACCCUCAGACGGAAAACUUAAAUUAUUUAUAUCCGUUGUUAACUAAUUUAUUUUCCUCACAAAUGCUUUUCUUUAAUUGCCAAUUCGUAUUUCAUGUUCUCCCUACUUCGGCCAACGUCAGUUAUUUCACUGCCCAAGUAUCAAAAGGUAUCUACUACUUUCACUAUCUCAUUUUCUAAUUUAAUUCCCUCAGCUAGCGUAAUAUAAUUUCCUGAAUUUUAAUUCCCUUUCCAAAUUUCUCCAUGACUCCCUUUACUGCCUCAGUAUCCAGACUGUGUUAUAUCUAUGACAGCAACCCUGUUUCACUCCUUCCUGAACUACCGCUUUCUUUUCAUGUCUUUUGACUCUCACAACUGCAUUCUGGUUUCUGUAUAAGUUCUACAUAUUUCGCUACCUGCAAUCUCUUCCUUCUGCCUUCACACCUUCCUUGAACACUGUCAAAAAUUUUUCUCUAAAUAUAUAAACACUAUAAAAAUGGCUUUGCCUUCACCUAAUCUAUUUGCUAAGAUAAAUCGUAGGAUCAAAAUCGUUACAUAUGAUUCUACAUUUUUAGAGACUCCAAACGAAUCUUCCCCAAGGUGAGGUUCUACCCUAUUCAGCAAAUCAUUCGUGUCAGUAUUUACUAACCAUGACUUGUUAAACAGAUGGCUCCCUAUUAUUCGUCCCUGUCAGCACCUGCCUCCUGUAAAAUAGAAAUUGUUACAGUCUGGAUAUCCAGCCACCCUCCCCCUUUUGCUUUGUACCACUAUUCCACUGAAAAAUUUGGUAAUUGAGUUAAUAAAGCACGUAAGUCAUAAUUACAUUAUUAUUCUGCAACCAGCCACUGAAGAACACGGGUUCUUAAUAGCAAAAUACUUGGGAAAUGUCCUUCAACAAGUUCUGAAAUGUUGUCAGUGGUUCGGAUUCACCUAGUUAUGUCAUACAGGUGUUCUUCCAUAGGGAAUAGGUCAAUAAAACCUCUGUCUCAAAUAUGAAUCUUGUGUGAAAGUGAAGAAAUAAUAAUAAGAUGUUCCCUAUCCUCGA